AGCUUUUCAUCCAUCAGUACCCCCAAGUCCUCCACAGGGCUGCUCUUGAUCCUUUCUUCCCCCAGCCGGUAUUGAUACCAGGGCUUGCCCUGACCCAGUGCCAGACCUUGCACUUGGCUUAGUGGAACCGUGUUGAGGUUCAGACGGGCCCACCUCUCCAGCCUUUUAAGGUACCUCUGGAUGGCAUCCUGUCCCUCAGACGUCAACCACACCACUCAUCUGGUGUCAUCUGCAAACUUGCUGAGGGUGCACUCGAUCCCACUGUCUCUGUCGUUGAUGAAGAUAUUUAACAGUACUCUUCCCAAUACAGACCCCUGAGGGACACCACUCAUUACUGGUCUCUACUUGGGACACUGAGCUGUUGACAGCAACUCUUUGGAUGCAGCCAUCCAGCCAAUUCCUUAGCCAUCUAACAGGCUGUCCAUUAAACCCAUAUCUCUUUAGUCCUUCACCGUUUCUGUCUUUUCUGUCUUCUGCCCUGUCAGCUCUAGCUCAUUGGACCUUUUCAUAGGCCAAUUUAACUCACUGGAAUAGCAGAAAAAAUUGUGCUUUACUGAGUUUUCUGAGUUCAAUUAGCUUUGGAAAGUCUGACGAGGAUGUGAGCUGUCAGGGAAGGAGCGGGGAGAGAAAGAAGAGACAAGAGAAGAGACCUCCCUGUUCUGCAGCAGCGAGCCAUUAGGUCAACUCGUCUACUCAAUGAAGCAUAACCAUAGCCUUAAUAAUUAUACCAGGUCCAUAGCAUAUUUUGCAUUACAUUUUUCAAGUAUCCAGGAUAAAAGAAGGAAAGUAGCAUAAAUAGUUUAAAACGUGACCCAGUAAGCUCGAAAGUGCAUUCCCAUGUAUUUUCCCAUCUGCAACGCGAAUAUUACACCUGGCUACAAUGGGUUGUUUCAGUACUUGAUACAGGAGUCUUUUAGUUGCCUGUCUCUGUCUUGGCAGCUGUUGAUCUGAUGCCCAAUUUUUGUCAUUGUGCAAAGAUAGCUAAUAACUUGCUGUAAUGUUACAACUACUGAAAUGUACGGGCAAGCCACUUGGUAUGACUGCGUAUCUAGUACUGGCAGACCCGUUUUAUUUGCUUGUUGUGUUUACGUCUUUGAAAUCAAAGGACAAUUACAUUUUUUUAAUGGGCAGAAGUAACAGAGAACAUAACUGGAAAAAAAAAAACUUGCUUUCCUUUUGAGAGGAAUGACAGGGAAAACAGGGACUCGCAAAGAAAUAAAUACAUUUUAUAAAACCAAGGCAUGCUUAAAAAGGAAUAACCUGCAGGUUGUUAGUGUUACUAACCAUGGUCAGAAAUUGCCUGGAGUUCCAGUCACGUGUUCUAUGUAUUUUAUUUACACUGGAGAGCUGAGAAUUGACUAGAAGUCCCCUGAACAAGCUAGAGACAUUUUCUUACCAGCUAUAGCAUGGAGAGUAAACUUGUUAUGUGUUUUAGUGUGGCUGAUAUCUGCACGACUUGUAAUUGUAUAAAAAAAAUCAAGUUCCUGGCUAGACUAAAUAAACGGUAAUAGAGUUGAAUCACAGUGUGGUAGUGCUAUUGCCACUGUGUGGAAAAUUGGAGACCUUGCCUUUCCUUUGUAGUCCAACAAGCUUGUACGCUUUGAGCUAAUUCAUUAAUUUUUACCUUGAGCAAGCCCAGGACCAUGCUGUUUCUUGUAUACCUUCCAACUCUACUUUGAAAACUAAGCAUGCGCUCUAAGGCAUGUGGGUUGAUAUUUUUAUGUUCUUACCUUCCGUUAAAACCAUUAGUUUUAUAAGUCAGGGUAUACUGUCUUUACAUGCUGCAGCCUGUAAUUCUGAAAAGUGCUGCUGAACACACUGAAAGUGUCAAUUGGACACCCCGCCAUCUCAUUUUGACCCUCUCUUAAGUUGCCACUGGGGACUGAUUUGUAAUGAGUUGUUACAUUUUCCUACCGCGCUUUUUUUUUUUCCAUGCUCUGUUGGUUUUUAGCUUUCUGUCCAGUUCUGCAGGGUCUCUCCUUGCCCAGUAUUAUAAAUGGUUUUGGGCUGCACUGGUAUUUACACAGGUCUUCAAGAACGUCUUGGGAAAUUUCCUUUUUCGAAAGGAACUAUCAUCUGAGUUAGAGCUGUAGUGUAAGAAAGGGUUGAAAGGACAUCACGAUUUGGGAGAGGAUGUUAUUCAGUGGAAGUAAUGAAAAGGGAACAGUCGCAGCUGAAGGAAAGGUGCUAAAUUGAUGACUUUGCAACCCAAUUUAACUUCCUCACGUAUCUUAAAGAGCUAUGUGUUUAUUCUAGUUAGUUCCAUUUGAAGUCAGCAGGAGCAGAAUUGGGUCCCUGUAGGUCUAAACCUCUGUGUUUUUCAGGCUGAUUAAGGGUGUAGUUUGCCUCAGUGCCAGUGAAGGAAUGGACUGACAGAGCUGCCUUCUGAUGUGUACCUGGUUCAUAUCGAAGUUGUCCUGCACAAAUGUGUCUGCAUAUGUGUGAUAUGUGAGAAAGGCAAAAUUUGACUCCAAAUUUGAGAAAUCAUUUGAAAUAGAAUAUUCAGUGUCACUUGUAAAAUAUGCAAUUUUAUUAGUUAUAUAGCAAUGAUACUAUGGAAGAGUUUUGAGUUUGCUAGGAAGUCUAUAACCAAUGUUAUAGAUAAAUAACAUUAGUGUUAAUAAUUAAAUAUUAAAAUAACAUUAGGAGAAGUUUCCAAAAAGUGGCAGUAACAGCAAGAUGCCCUUCUUUAGUUAAAAAUUGUUUGCAGGAUAACCUUUUAAUAGGUUGUUAUGCAGUAAAUUCACUGCUUUGAAAGAUGCAACGGUGGGGGUUUUUUGGUUGUUUUUUGUUGGUUUUUUUUUUUUAAUGUUCCUCAGCAGCCAUCUAUAACUGUAUGGAUCUUACUGUAGCCAUUUUAGAAAGAAUGAGCUUCUUUUGAGGGUUAAAGGCAGUAAACUAAGAUGCUCAGGCAAGAUAUCUACAUUUCUGCAAAGUAUAGUGCACUUGGAAAAUACGUGGGACCUUAUAGAGUGCAAAGAACAAAAAAGGUUACAAAUUCAGGGCCUAAAGCUAUUAAAACUUUUAUGUGACUAAGUUUUGAGUUCAUAACCUGCACUAGAAAAUAAGUAUUUCCAGUUAAGAAAAUACUCUUAUGAAUUCAUUCUCACAGAAAAUACAGGCUGUUUUAUUGUUGGUAUAUUUAUUUUCCCAAAAUUUUAUCUAAUUUUUGUUUAAUUGUUUUAUUCACUUCUUAUUUUUCAGGAGUCUUUGAAAAAUCCUUAGUGGUCAUGACAUUGUUACAAGUGACAUAAAUUAGCCAGUGGCUCAGAGUGAUGGAUACCCAGAAGACUACAAAUGGUUUGCAAGUGAUUGGAGAAGGGACUGGUAUAGGGAAAUCGACACUCCACAUGGUGGGGUAUUUGGGAAAAAACUGUAACCCUGUUGAAACAACUGCACAUGAGUAUUGUCCAGUCUGCAAAGAGAAGGGCCAGACCCAGCUUUUACGGACUUACCGCAUUAAUUUUCAAGAGUCCAUUUUCCUUUGUGAAAAUCCUCAGUGUAUCUACCCACUUGGUUAUAAACCAUUAAACAGCAUAAUUACUUCUGCGGAUUCAGAAAAUCAUCAAGUUCCAUCUACUCAGCAGAAAAGGAAGUUGUGUGAUACCAGUGACUUUUCUCCUGUUGAAUCACAUGCAAAAAAAUCAAGAACUAAUAAUGCGGUAAAUGUUGAGCACACUAUUAAUAAAGACCCUGUUGUCAAAUGCUAUCAGAAUAGCUUAUGUAUUCCCAAGUCAAGCCUACAUGAUGGGCUACAAAAUGACCAGCAAAAACCUAGAAGCAAUGUGGAGUCCUGCAUCCAGAAGGUGGAUUUGGAAAGAACCACCACCAACAGCAGCUGUCAAGAAAGUCCUCCUAAGACUUCCAGUCCCAGAACACAACCCUUGCCAAAUUCUGAACUUUGCUCAACAUCAUCUGAAAUUUUGCUCAGAGGUGAUAAAGGUUCCGCUAAUAACACAGACUUAUGCCUUCAGUGGAGAAACAUGCACAAUCUUUGUUGGUUAGAUUGCAUUUUGUCAGCACUGGUACACUUAGAAACAUUAAAAUUUGCUCUAGCAGAAGAAUAUGGUGACGGAAAAUGUUUACUCCAGAAACUCUUAACAAAAUAUAAUCAAGCAACUGUGCUUCUGAAUACCUGUAAAAGGAGUAAAGUAAAAGAUGUUCUUCCAAAAGCAGAAUCUCAUCUCAAUGAAAUCAGAAACAGAAUGUUUACACAGCUUCAGCCUCGGCUUAAUUGUGAAUUGGGUAAGGAGGAGAGUCCAGUGUUCGCGCUCCCUCUGCUCUUACAACAGGAUCAACAAGCUGAGAAACUGUUCUUGCAUUCGUUUUCAUGGAAGUUUGAAUGUGUAUGCUGUGGCUACAAAUACCAGGAUCGACUUAGGAGAACGCUAACAACAUUCACAAAUAUAAUCCCUGAUUGGCAUCCACUUAAUGCUAUUCAUGUUGGACCAUGUAAUAACUGUAGUGAUAGAUCUCAAAGAAGACAGAUGAUUUUGGAAAAAGUACCUUCAGUAUUCAUGUUACAUUUUGUAGAAGGCUUGCCACAUAACAAGCUGAAGAACUAUGCAUUUCAGUUUGAAGAAGACACCUACCAAAUAACAGCUAUUGUUCAGUAUCAAACAGAUAAGAAGCACUUCAUAACUUGGUCCUUGAAUCCUGACGGAACUUGGCUAGAAUGUGAUGAUUUAAAGGGUCCAUAUUGCAGGAGACAUAAAAGAUUUGAAGUUCCUCCUUCAGAGAUUCAUAUUGUUAUCUGGGAAAAGAAAAUACCCCAUGUGCCAGAAGAACUGAAUUCACCAUUCCAGACUAAAAAUACUGAAGAUUUUCCUCUUGACAAUGUACAGUCGAAUUCCACAGCGUUGCAUUGUGGUUUUGAUAACCCUGUAGACAAUAUACCUGCAGAACAUGGCAAAGAGGAUUCUGUAAGAACUCCAGGUAAGAAACAGCAGCAGGUAGCUGAGGAUGAAAGCAGUGUUCAUCGUGGUUUAGAAAAUCUGGCACAUGAUGAUCUUGUAACGCUGGUGCUUGAAGAAAUUCAAGUUGACUCAGAAGGUAAAUCGCUGUCGAAUGGACAGAUGGUGGGAAAUAACGUUGUUGUUGAAAUGGGUACACUGCAACAGGAGGAAUUAGCUUCUUCACCUGACGCUCCAUAUAAAGGAGAGUUUGCUGGAACUAGUCUAGCUAUGAACAAGAAAUGCACAUUAUCGGAAAGUUCCAGCAUUUGCUUGCCUCUAGAAGAGCUGAACCCAGCAAAUAGUACUCCUUCUGUAGCCAAAAACUGCAACCCUGACCCAUCUGACUCGUCGCUUGUUCAAAGAACAUAUGACAGAACUAAUUUACCUAACAGAGACCAUGGAUUAAAUUCAGAACCACAGCUAAACAAGAAGUUGCCACCAGUAGAGAAUAUUAUGCAAAAAUCACCUGACUUGAAAGAUGCAAGCAAAACUGUAGUUAAUUCUCAGGUUGCCAAUUCUUCUGUUGCCAAUAAUUCCUGUCAGCCUUCACACAAAGACCAAAAAAGAGGAUUUGUAGGAAGCUGGGUAAAGAAAUUAUUAAGCAAGAAUACUUCUUUUAUGCCUUCAAGUGCCUUGGCUCUCAAGAAAGAGAGAAGUUGCAAAACUCCCACAAUGCAAAAAAUAAGUGAAGUGCGGUUGCCAGUUAAGGGAGCAAGUAACUUUGGUGGAUUUCUAAGCAGAAGUACAAACAAAAGAACUGAGACCCCCAAGUCUGUGGUUCCUCAGAGUAAUAAUACUCAUCCUUUAUCAAAUUUCAAAGGAUUUUCUGAGAGCACUCAUCUUCCAGCAGCAAGUCAUACUGCUAUUGAAGGUCCAACUUGGAAUAAGUCCGGAAGUACGUUGGGUACCUCAGGUAAAGUGACUCAGCUCCAUUCACCUAGCUGUAACUCUGGGAAAGCAGAAGAGUCAGAGAGUGACAAAACGAAAAAACUUCGCCUAAAACUGUUAAAAAAACUUAAUGCUAAAAAGAAGAAGUUGGCUUCACUGGAUAGGCUAGCAGUGGAACAGAUGAAACACGAAAAACCUGUGAGUGGAGAUGUAAGCACCUCAUCGCAGCUUGAAUCUCACAAUGACAGUGAAUUAUUCCAGACCUUUUUAAGGGAACUGCAGCAUCAGAUUGAUGUUGCGGAUAAUGGAUCUGAACUUAACGCGAGCUCUGUAUCAGGGUGCACUAGCCAUAGUAACAGUGAUGAAAUACUGGCAGAAUUGCUGUCCCCUACUUCAACUGUUGCUUCCUUAGAGGCUCCAAAAAGUGAAGAUGAAUGUAUGUAUAUGGAAAUGGUGGACAGCAGUGUUGCAACAACAGCAUCUGAUGAGAAGACCAGUGUGCCACGGGCAGCAAUGACAAGCGAGGACCACAAUUACUACAGUCCUGUAAAGGACAGUAAUUCAGAACUUCAUGCAAUAAGCAAACCCAGUGCAAAGAAACUUGCUUUUGAAAGUCCUACAAGGGAGGAUAUUCUUGAAGACCUGUUCUCCAUUUCAGCACCAAGCUCAAUGGCAGGUGACAUAGAUUUACCUCAUUUUGAUGAAACUCUGUUUGAAACUUGGUAAACGUUCGGUUUCUUGGUUUUAAGUAUUUUUCAAUAUGUAUAUUUUGAAACAAAGCACUAUUAAAUUAUGUUUUCAACUAAUUUAAUUGCACACUGGCUGUACUUGAACAAUUUAUAUUUGAGGUAUUUUUUUUCUUAACAUUUUAUUGUAGCAGACAAAUAAGGUUUUAACGCAUUUUAUUUUUCCAAACAGUUAUUUUAGCUGUUGCAUAUGAUGAUGCUUUUUAAUUAAAAACUCCUGUGAGUCUUAAUUUUUGCUGCUUUUAAUAUGGAAAACUUAUCCAUAUUCUACUGAGUUUGAGAAAUAAUAAACUUCAGUAGUCUUGAUGAUGAAAUGGUGUAAGAAAUAUUUUAGUAGUAGUGAUUUAUUUUACAGGGUUGCCCAAUUCCUGAAGUCUUUUUUUCCUGAAAUUUUAAAAAAGAAAAAGUACCUUCUGUACAUCAGGGAUGUUUGCAUCCUUUGAUACAAAAAUAAUUUGCAACACUAAGCUCGGGGCUGGUAUUCUGUUAGGAACUCUACUCUCUUCAGAAUUACUCUUCAACAAGGUCACCCUGAUGUAUGCACCCCUUGGAUCCAAGGAAGGAUGGAUAUGUGGUAGAAAUAUUACUAUUUAAAGUUACGGCGCAUACUGAGUUUUCAUCCUCGUUAACUGAAAAUAUAAUUUGGCAGAAUAUUCUCCCAAGCCAGGUUAUUUUUUUUUUUUUAAAUGAUUAAGAUUUGGGCCAGAGUUAGCAGCACUAAGGAAGAAUAUCAGAUGUAACUUUCAGCUGUUCAUAGCUGCAAACUCACUAAUAAAAGAAUUCAAGUUAACUGUAGGUUAGCACCCAUUUCUGUUGUCACCAGGAGUUUUUCAUGGCUAGAGCAGUGUACCCCUGUCUGUAUGUGAGAGUGCCAAGGAGAGGCAAGGUCAAUAGGAAGUAAAUAAUGGAAAAGGUGGCAAGACAGCAGCGAGUAAGCAGGAGGAGUCACUUCUUAGUGUUUCUGGAUUUGUAUAGCUUUCAUUUUGCUAGAUGGGAGUCUUUAAAUUCAUAGACACAGAGCUGAGGGUAUUACGUGCUAAGUUAGAUGAGCUGUACGUUUUUCUUGUACUCAGAAAUAAAAGGGAUUUUAUCAGCAAGUCUGUUUCAUCCAUUUUUAGCGGUAUUCUGCAUUUUUUCAUUGUUUUAGAUCCCAAGUUCCAAACGUAAGUCCUCGGCCUUACUCUUCCAGUAGGUGCAGUUGAACAUAAUUGUUAUUGCAAGCAGAUUUAAGUGGUCUUGGAGUGCUUGAACCAGGUUGAAAAUGUGUUUGAAAUACUGUCAGUGGCACAGAACUGACCUUGCCAAGCUAUUUCUGUUGCAAUUACGUACAUGUUUAUCAGACUGGCACUUCAGACAAUGAAUGGUUUCAUUCUUGAAAUACAAGUCUUUGUAAAGAACUUGAGCUCCUUUGUUUUAAAUGUUGUAAUUGGUAACGUUACUAUAGAAAACAGAUCGAUGGAUUCUGAACGUAAAGUGCCAGUGUACUGCUGGUGAAA